UUCAAGGCGGGACCAAAUGGCGGAAACUCACUCACCGAAAAGCUCGAUUUCCAAGCUUGGAAAUUAUUUGAAACUACAAAAACGUCCUGUUCUUCUACACGUCAUGCAAUUUACCAACAGGGUGGACUGAAGUGCCAAGAUGAAAAGGUGGAACUGGAAAGAUGGCCAACGAGACCGGAGAGAACACACUCGCCACCGUGGACGUGGACGGUACCGGGCGAGACAGUGGAGACCAUCACGGGUCGACAGGAACAGAUAUGGUGAUGCAGGGCCUUCUUCCAUAAGAUCUGACAACCAAGCCAGCUCUUCAUCCUCAAACAGCAGCGCAGCGCCAGACCUGCCAGGUUUCUACUUUGACCCGGAGAAGAACCGAUACUUCCGCUUGUUGCCGGGUCACAACAACUGCAACCCUCUGACCCGAGAGCAGCUGAAGGAUAAGGAACGUGAGAAAGAGAGAGCUCGGAUGCUUGCGGAGGAUGGCAAAGCCACAAAAAAAGCGCCGAGGGCAGGGCUCAAUGCCUCCUUGCUUCUACAGAAUCGACACCUUGGGCUGCUAUCUGAGAUGUCCUACUGCAGACGGGUUCACGAGUGUAGGAUCAGCGCCAUGAGACGUCGCAAGCUGGACCACCAGAGCACAGACGACAUUAGGACCAUCGUGGCCGACUCCAAGUGCGAGCAAGUGUUCACCGUUAGCGACAUGGACCACGGGGGCUGCAAGUACGGCUACAUUAGCUUCAGCAAAAGCAGUAACAGUGGGUCUCUGUCUGUGGAAACGUGUGACAACCCUUACGUCACCAACUGCAAGGUGAAUUCCCUCUGCUGGGCCUCGGUCAGCUAUCCGGACUCUCAUGUGUUACUGUGCCUGGUGGGUGUUGCGGACAGGCCCGGCUACGUCACUUUGCUUCCCGCUUCGCUGUUCAGCAACUCUGACUCAAAUCAGCCAGAGAUGCAUUGCAAUUUUAAGAUCCCCACUGCCUGGUGCUGUGCUUGGUGUCUACAUCCGCAGUUUGACAAGUGGUUUAGUGUAGGUUUAUCUCAUAAGGUGGUCCUUCAACAAGCCGUAACAGGCAAAAAACAAACUAUCAGCGUCAACAGCGACGUUUUGGCUCAGCAGUUUUGUGUUAGAGUCCCCUUGCUGUUCAAUGGCUGCCGAUCGGGAGAGAUUUUCGGCCUCGACGCACGCGAGCUGAGAGGCAGCAAGGCGAUGAGCUUUCGGCAAGAAUCGUCCGUCACGUCGGUGCGCAUCCUGCGGGACGAAAACUACCUGCUUGCUGCGGACAUGUCAGGCCAGAUCAAGCUUUGGGACAUCCGGGCCAGGAAGCCAGUACAGCAAUACCGGGGCCACUACAACGAGCAUGCCCACCUUCCCAUUCAUGUCAGUGAGCCUGAGGGACUUCUUUUGGCUGUGGGUCAGGACUGCUACACGAGGUGCUGGAGCCUGCGGGACGGCCACCUUCUGAGAACCAUCCCGUCGCCCCACCCGGCCGCCAACGACGCCAUCCCCAGUGUGGUCUUCUCCUCUGGCCUCGGUGGCCGCACGGGGGUCCCUGGCCUGCUUAUGGCUGUCAAAAAAGACCUCUACCACUUCCCCUACAACACGGAUGAGACGGAGUCACAGGAUGUCUGAUUAAAUGUCGAAGAAUUUCAAAAAUGGUUAUUUUUCUGUUUUCAAUGGUGUUGAAUUGCACUGCAAUAAACUAAGAGUUAUUUCUUAUAUUUUCA